UGAAUUGGGUCUUGUGAUAGAUCAAUAAUGAAAAGUAAGCAAAGAGAUUGCUGGAAUGCUGGCUUUUAUCUUGAAUACAAAAGACAGGAAGUUUUGCUUCUGUUGUAUAAAUCCUUCGGUCUGAUCGAGGUUGGAGAUUUGUGUGCAGCUUUGUGCAUUGCCUCUCAGAAACGGUCUAUUGUCCUUCGAGAGGUGCAGUGUUGAGUUUUAUCACAGCUCCUUAUUUAUGUGGCUUCUUUAAGAUUUGCAGAGCUGAUAUCAAUCAACAUUAGAGGUUCAGGGAUAUGAGGAAAGUUGAUUAAAAAUCUUGCACCAAGAAGUUUUAAGAACCGCUGUCAAAACACUUGAGAGAAUUCCAGCACCAUGGCUGGGCAGCUGAAGACAAUGUGAUUAAUGGCAGGAUAUUAAAUUCAGGCAUGAUCAAGGGGGUUAUAGGAUUAGUGAUUUCUGAAGUUGGAAGUCACUGAGGGACUGGGAAACAAAAAUGAGCAUUGUUCGAUUGGGAACCAGGAUAAGUCAGCAAGCACCAGAGGAUGGGUGAAUGGAAAUUAGUGCUGGUGAAGGGAACAGAGUUUCUUAAGAAUCACUUAAGGUAGAAGAUGGGGAAAGAUCUUGGAAAAUAAAGCCUAAUUGUAAAAGCCCAACGGGUGAGGAUUUCAGCAGCAAGCACGUUAAGACUUGGCAAUCAGUCCUUGUUACAAGAUAUUGUGAUAGAGCAGACACAUAGUAAGAAGCUUACCUCAGGGUAAGAUACAACACCACAGUUGUGAUUAGUGUCGCUAAAAGAUUUACGGGACUAAUUUGAGGAAGAAUUGCACAUUGCUUGCAUUCCCCUAGCUCACCCAUUUUGAGCGCUGAGCUAAUAAAGGUCUUUAACACGGUUAAGACAUUCAAAAGAGAUACUCAUUCCUCUGAGAGACACAACCUUGAAAGCUCAAGCUAGGUAACCGAGGACUGAAAUCAGAAAGAAUGGAGAAAAGAAGAAUCUCUUUCCUUAAAAGUCUUUUGGCCUUAAUGCUGAGCAGAAUGGAUUUUUAUGAGUGUACGCACAGCCUACAGACAUGGUGGAGAAGAAGCAACUGGAAAUGCGUAGGAGGAAAUGCGAUGCUACCAAGCGGACCAAUCACAGUUGUUGCGGUCUGCAUCGCCGCGACGUGUGAGUAACUUUUCUGGAGAGGUGCACAUCACCCUACAGCAUAGGGCACAGCAUAGGUACGGUGUAAGGCACUGAAACAACUGUACCUGUUCUGAAUUGGCCAGAUGCCUGGGACUCUGUCACCCUAGUCAUUAAUUUGCCUCUUCUCAAGAAGAAGGAAGUCUCCUCCUCACCAUCUCAAGUGUGUUCAGUUGCUUCAACCUUCAAUGCUCGCUCUGUCAACAGAAAGCCCUUCUAGGAAUGCUUGAGGCUCAACUAAACAGCAGCGUCAAGUGCUCUAAACCUUUGCCAGGUGUCCAAGGGAGUUCUGGGGGAGACAGGAAGGAACAUCUGCAUAUGUGAUCAGCAACGCCUGUGAGAACUCACUGCAUUGUGCCAGAGACAGAAAGGUUCAUUCAGUUUCCAAGACUUGACUUUAGCUGUUUGACAGGAGAAGAUGAGCCAGACCUCCCCUCAACCAGGACCUAGGAGCUAUGAGAGCCACGAGAGGCUCCAGGAGAACCAUGCUCUGCGUUAUAACUACUUCUUAUCCACCAACACCAUGUAUGGGGUGGAACGAUGUAUGAGCUUGAUGCAGGCCGGCACUCAGAUGGUGAAGCUUAGAGGAAGCUCGAAAGGCCUGGUUCGUUUCUACUACCUGGACGAACAUAAAACCUGCAUCAGGUGGCGACCGUCCAGGAAAAAUGAGAAAGCCAAAAUUUCAAUAGAUGCCAUUCGAGAAGUGUGUGAAGGGAAACAAUCGGAGAUCUUCCAGCGGUAUCCUGAUGGGACCUUUGACCCCAACUGUUGCUUCAGUAUUUACCACGGGGACCACAUGGAGUCCCUGGACCUGAUUUCAUCAAAUGGCGAGGAAGCACGAACAUGGAUUACAGGCCUCAAGUACUUAAUGGCAGGGAUCAGCGAUGAGGACAGCCUGUCAAAGCGGCAGAGGACACGUGACCAGUGGCUAAAGCAGACAUUUGCAGAGGCGGAUAAAAAUGGGGACGGCUGCCUAAGUGUUGGUGAGGUCCUGCAACUAAUGCACAAACUCAAUGUCAAUCUGCCACGCCAGAAGGUCAAACAGAUGUUCAAGGAAGCAGACACAGAUGACAACCAAGGCACACUGGACUUUGAAGAGUUCUGUGCCUUUUAUAAGAUGAUGUCCACACGACGGGAUCUCUAUCUCCUGAUGCUCAUGUACAGUAACCACAAGGACCAGAUGGACACCGAUGACCUGAAGAGGUUUCUGGAGGUGGAGCAGAAGAUGAACUCUGUGACGAAGGAACAUUGUCUGGAGAUCAUUGAUAAAUUUGAGCCGUGUCUCGAGAACCAGAAGCGAGGCGUCCUUGGGAUUGAUGGUUUCACAAACUAUAUGCGGAGCCCAGCUGGAGAUAUCUUUAACCCCGAACAUCACAAAGUGACCCAGGACAUGACACAGCCUCUGUGUAACUAUUACAUUGCCUCUUCCCACAACACCUACUUAAUGGGGGACCAGCUGAUGUCACAGUCACGAGUGGACAUGUACGCCUGGGUGCUGCAAACUGGUUGUCGCUGCGUUGAAGUUGACUGCUGGGAUGGUCCAGAUGGCGAGCCCAUUGUUCACCAUGGCUACACCCUCACUUCCAAGAUCCUCUUCCGAGAUGUGAUUGAAACCAUCAACAAAUAUGCUUUUGCUAAGUCUGAAUAUCCAGUCAUCCUCUCCAUAGAAAAUCACUGCAGUGUGCCCCAGCAGAAGAAAAUGGCCCAGUACCUAUUGGAGAUCUUGGGGGACAGACUUGACGUUUCUUCCGUGCACGCGGACAACGUGACCCAGCUGCCUUCCCCUGAGAGCUUGAAGGGAAAGAUUCUUGUAAAGGGCAAGAAGCUAUCUGCAAACAUCAGUGAUGACGCUGAGGAGGGUGAAGUAUCGGACGAAGAUAGUGCAGAUGAGAUUGAAGAUGAUUGCAAGUUAAUGAAUGGAGAUGCCACAGCCAACCGGAAGCAUGUGGAGAGUGUGGCUAAAAAGAAGCUCGACUCGUUAUUGAAGGAGUCGAAAAUCCGUGAUCGGGAAGAUCCUGACAGCUUCAGUGUAAACGCCAUUCCUCAACCAGCCAAAGUGUGUCAGAAAUUGGACUCAAAGAAGCAUAAACGAAGCUCCAGCUCCGUGUCAACAGUGGAGAAGUCAAUGAGUAAAACUGAUGAUGGGACAGACUCUGGAGAAGAUCCAGUCACCAACAAGAGGCACAGUCGCUCCUUCAUUGGCAGCUUCUCCAAGCGCAAGAAAAAAGCUGUGAAGAUAAAGAAGUCCUCGAGCCUGGAGGAUGAUGAAGAAGAACAUGAGCAUCAGACCACUGGUGGGCGAAGCACGGUGCACACAGCAAGGAGCAGUAGGCAGAAGAAGACCAUGAAACUCUCCCGGGCGCUCUCGGACCUGGUUAAGUACACAAAGUCUGUCGGCAUAUACGAUAUCGACUCUGAAGUCGUGUGCAGUUGGCAGGUCUCUUCGUUCAGCGAAGCAAAAACCCACCAGCUCCUGCAACAGAAGCCCCAGCAGUUCCUCCGGGUGAACCAGCGGCAGCUCUCCCGCAUAUACCCUUCCUCCUACAGGGUGGACUCCAGUAACUUCAACCCACAGCCCUUCUGGAAUGCAGGCUGCCAGCUAGUUGCAUUGAAUUACCAGUCUGAAGGAAGAGUGCUGCAGCUUAACAGAGCCAAGUUUAACUCUAAUGGGAACUGUGGCUAUGUCCUCAAACCCAAGUGUAUGACUGAAGGUACCUUGAACACAACAGCAGACGACUUGCUGUCUGAACAGACAAAGAAACAACUGGUCCUGAGGAUUAUCAGUGGCCAACAGCUUCCAAAACCCAAAGAUUCAAUGUUGGGCGACAGGGGAGAGAUAAUUGACCCUUUUGUGGAGGUGGAGAUAAUCGGCUUGCCCGUUGACUGCUUCAAGGAGCAGACCAGAGUAGUGGAUGACAAUGGAUUUAACCCAAUGUGGGAGGAGACACUGGUGUUCACGCUACACAUGCCCGAACUUGCACUAGUACGCUUCCUGGUCUGGGACCACGAUCCUAUUGGUCGCGAUUUUAUUGGUCAAAGAACUUUGGCCUUCACCAGCAUGAUGCCUGGUUAUCGGCACGUGUACCUGGAGGGGAUGGAGGAAGCCUCCAUCUUUGUUCAUGUCGCCAUCAAUGACAUCAGUGGUAAGAUCAAGCAAGUCAUGGGAUUAAAGGGGCUUUUCCACAGAAACCCAAAGCAGGCUUCGCUCGACAGUCAUGCUGCUGUAAUGCUCACUCGCAAACACUCUUUUAGCAGCCACAUCCUGCGCAGGACUGCCAGCGCUCCCACCAAAGGGCAGCAGAAGGGCAAAAAGGGCUUCCCGCACAUUGUUCUAGAUACCAAAGACUGCAGCUCAGAGGGAGCAAGUGAGUCUGAUGACACCUCCCAGCCUCGCUUCGAGCAAGAGGCUGAACGUGCCGAGGCUGCUCCAGAAGGUGCUGAACGGGCUGGCACCGAAAGGGAGGUGCAGGCGGAGGCCUUCAAAGGUGUCCAGCCAUUCUCAUAUCCACUUCCAAGCGUCCCCAUGCACACUCUCGAAACCAUUACUGAAGAAUCUAUGCAUUCCGAGGGUAAACCUUGCACUGCCUCCCAGCGGAUUCCCUCAGCCACUGUGAGCAGCUCAAGAGAAGAAACCAGCGCACCAACAGCACAUCCGGUUCCAGAAACAAGUCAGUCGUCACCAGAAUCGAAGGCUGAUGACGGAGCAAUAAACGCCCCAGGUACUUGCCUUGGUGUGAAACAGCUGGGAAAUGGAACUCUUGUCCUAAGCCCGGACGUCCUCAUGGGAGGCACCAAGCAAGGGGAGACCCCUGGCACUCAUGCUUGCCUGUCAUCAAGUCUCUACCAUGAUUCUCAGGGGAGUGACGAACCUUCCCAUAAUUCUGCUGAUGACACCAUUUUGUGCACUGCUGCCAGUCCCUCCUCAGAUACGCUGAGCUCCUCCCCAGCUACCUCGGUGGCACCGUGUAGCCAAGAACAGGGGAGAAACAGACAGCCCGCUGACCACCCGGCUCAACCUGAAGCUUCUCCCGCAGGAGCCCCAGCCGAGACUCCUGGGCAGGAGGCACCUUGUGAAAGAUUUGGCAUCAGGGAGGCAGCUGAAUCCCCAGCAAAUCCAGCUACUGACAUGAUACGCGAAGCUCACGGCAGCCUGGGUAAAGGCAUCCCCAGCUGUCAGGUUAAGAGAAGUGUUCAGUCUGGCAUGGCGCGAAGUGUCAGUUGCGAUGGGCGUCUAAUUCAAGGUCAGCAGCCACUAUUAGUUUCUCCUGUGCAACCAUGCAUUUCCCCAGUUCCUGCUGUGUCAUCCGAUGUGACUAUGAACGACAGAAUCUGGUGUAAACUGGACUCUAGCAGCCACAGGGAUAGCAUGUCCUCUUCGUCCAGCAUGUCCUCGAAUGACACGGUCAUUGACGUGUCCUUGCCCAGCCUGGCUAGGAAGAGCCUGUCCGACCUCACCACCAGGCAGAGUAUAACCCUGGAAGGGCUUUUCAUGGAUAAACAAGUGCGGCCCCGGUCAGCUACAGUUGGCCAUGAAAUGCUUGCUAUAGUCAGCAAAAGCAAGUCGAAUCCUAAUCUGAGAUCUGAUGUUGACCUACAACCCAUUGAUGACCUACAACCCAUCGAUGGCCUACAACCCAAGCCCUUGUCAAAGUCAUCGCCGGUCCCUUUCCAGACAAACUCCAGGAGGCACACUUGGAAUAGGCUGUAUAUGGAGAGCCUUAAACAGUCUUUGCCGGUUCUGAAGUCAAUAACGCAGAACGCGAAGGGAGCCGACAGUGUGAGCAAGUCGAAAAGCCUGGGUGACCUGACCUCCGAGGAUAUCGUGGCCAGCUUUGACAGCAAGUACAGGAGCAUCAGCCGCAACUUCAUCACCAGGCCCAUGCGAGAGCAGCGCCGGGCAGCCGGGAUGAAGGCACCCCUGAAGGAUGACCUGACAGAGCAGCUGAAGAGGAUCACCAGCUUCGAGCGGGAGAAUGACAUUACCUCCCCCACUGCAGAGCAGCUGCCCGAGGCCGAGGAGGGCAGCCCUGUUGUCCUUCGCAGGUUUUCGUCACGGAGCCAGAGUCGGGUGCGGUACAUCGCCAACCGGGCAAAGCAGGCGCAGGAGCGAAAGAGGCUGUGCGAGUUGGCGCAAGCCAACAAGUCUCUGACCGAACUGGGAGAGAGGGGCAACCCUGAGGGGGCCUGCUGUAUCUCCAAGAGUAUUUGCAUGGACCUAGCCUCGCCACAAUUAGCCCCAGGGGGCAAAGUCCCACCAACAAUUGGCACUGAAGCUGAAGUCUACUUCAUGCUGAAACUUUAACGCCCAUUUUAAAACAAUUUCUACAAUCCAGGCUGUAGAUUUCAAAUGAGUUGUUCCACUCCAAACACUGCAUAAAGACAAUGGCCUUAGGGGCGGGUCCAAUUUCUAAAGAGCUGGAAAUUUGUGCUUUUAUUUUGUUGCACUUUUUGUGUGCCAUACUUUGCACAAACACGUGGUUUGCACAGGAAAUUGAAGCAUUUUCCAUGAUACCAUCCACAUAGAAGGAUGUGUCAAAAAGUGUACAUAGAUUUUGAGUGUGCGGAGAGAGCGGGAAAGAGAGAUAGAGAGAGAGAGAGAGCGAGCGCACAGGAAGGAGUGACAGAGGGAGAGAAUCAAUUCAGCUUUCAAGAGCAAAUCAGUAACGAAGUCUUCCUUCCAUUGGUGGGGACGUGAGUCAUGUGAUGGUAUCCAAUGGUUCUCAGUCCUGAGUUGGUCAUGCACAAACGUCUUAAAUUCUCCUAAGUUCACGUUAUGUUCAAACACCUUUCCUUCCCACCCUUAAUUAGAUCAGUGACGAACAUUUCCAAAUUAUUUUUUUAAAAAUAUAUACACGUAUGAGAAUACUGCACGAUACUAUUGAUUUUAUUUAAAAUAUAAUCCCUUUUGAUUGUUUUAAACAAAAUAUCACAAAAAAUGUGAAAAUUCAAUAUAUUUCAUAAAUGUGCAGUUGUGUUUACAAAGCAUACCUCCCCAACACAAUCUUUUAAAUGUUGCAUGUUUUUUUACAAUGCCGUGUAUUUAAUACACAAUUAAGAAUGGCUUCAGAAGCAUAGAUUUAAAAUUCCACUGUGCACGAAGGUGCAUUGCAGCUGUGUUGGUCACUAUGUUAACUCUUCCAUUUGCAGCUGUAACCGGGCAGAUGUUUUCAAGGACACUGGUUAAUGUUAGGCUGUGGUGCUUCCAGUGGAUAAAGGCUCCCUCUGAAUAUUCAGAGGUCGCCCAAGAGCCUGAUCCAGGCAGCAGAAUCGACUGAUCGAAAAGCGAUAUGCUGAUCAAGGAAAAGAAAUGAGAGCCAAUCUCUGAUCUCUGUUCACUGUGUGGUGCUAAUAAUCACAGGCAUGUAGACACUCAGAACGAGGGGACCUUGAGCAUGUUCUGACUUUCAAUGACAGCUUGCUCAUCUAUGGUUCUGUGUCAAAAAAGCAUAUUGAUUCCUUGGUUGUGAAAUUUGCAAAAGACCCCCCAGCCUCCUUAGACUUACCUGCACAAGUUCCAGAUUCUCACUACCCUUUAACUGAACGGGGGCUUCCUGAUAAAACCUCUGAAUGAUUUUAAAGUUUGCCCUGUUUCCCAGAGCCCUGUCCCCUACCAGAGGAAAUAAUUCCUAUUUACUGUACCAUCUCCUAUUCACUCAACAUAACUAAUAGUGCUCUGGAAAAAGACUAUUUUCUGUGUGCAAAUUGCAAUAAAAGUGAUUUAACCUAUUGAAAUAAUCCAUCACUUCCAAGUGAAGUGGCCCCCACGGUGAACAUGAACCAAGCAUAUCCAUCAUAAUGCAUAUCCAUACAUUAGCACAUCUGACUUUUUUCCCUGAAACUGUUUUCACUUUCAGUGAUUUCUGAGUGGCAAAAAUGUUGGUUGAACUCUUUUUCUGGAGAUCUAGAUAUGGUCGUGUCCAGCCUUGGCCUGGUGACCAUAGAGCAGGAGCGGACAAUGACACUUGAUCCCGAGUAGCUCAUGCAGAUGAGGGAGCUGGACUUGGUACAUGAGUGGCCUGGAGUUCCAAAGCCAAAUCUUACCUCCUUCAACCAUGCUGUCGUACCUGGACUCGCAGUAUCAAUUCACCCUCUUCUUUCAGGUCACCUGAGCAGCAGAAAUCCACCUCCUCUCACAGUACCAAUCACAGAAAGGCUGCAGGCUUCCAACAGUGCCACAUCCCCACCCACCACACAGACCUUUUUCUCAACAGAAAGGACUUCUACUCCCCAAAUGCGUAAGCAGUAGUGAAUAUGUGAAGGACUUUCCUAAUUAUGUUUUUGGGAAGCCCAUGUGACUCAUAUAUCAUCAGGGUGACCACACAGCGAGAUGGCUUCUGGGAGACAACACUGCCCUAUCUUUCCACCAACUCAUAGUCCCAUCUCGCCUGCUGAGCACCACUAUAGUAAAAGCAUUAUACUCUGCCUAAUUUGGCAGUCCGUAGGUAGCAGCCGAUGUGUACAGAUCCUAACCCUGUCUGACGUGAGGCAUAGACUAGGGAUCAGUUAGAGCAAAAGGGUCAACAGGUGGAAGGAGGCUGCCUGGGCCAAGUCCCAGCACAACACCAGCAACUUCAUCUCCAAGCUGAGCAGAAAAGGAGGCACUGACUGCAUGGGUACCAGGGAACUCCCUAACAGAUGUUUGUCAAAAAGAGCCUACAAAAUUCUAGUCCCCAGUACAAAGCACCACAUUCCACACUCCAAUCCCUGACACUAAUAUAAUUCACUUGUAAGCAUCUGAGGGAGGCCUGAUAGCACACGACAUUCCCAACGAUCCUCCUUUUCCGUUCCACCAGUCAAUAACAAAGGCUUCCCAAAAUGGCUUGCGUGGAUGUGCGGAUUGCUUUCAGAGAUGCCAGGACAGGCUGCCAAACCCUACAAGGACGUGUAUUGGAAAUGUGGAUUCUCAGAACUGGAGUCAUCCUCUACACCUCUGGCAGCCCUACUGGGUCCCCUGGUCUCCUUGGCAUUUAACACACUGAAGGAAUGUCCCAGUCUCUUCCAGUAUCUGAAGUCCCCAUCUCCUCAUUGACAGUAGCUGUUCUGCAGAGAGUGCAUGUAAGGCCCUUUGCCUGUUUUACUGCAUUUCGGCAUUCAGCUGAGUGCGGUCUUAUCUGCAACUGCAGGGUCUGCUUUAGUAUGUUCCGGACAUGUUGACACCACGUCAAAUGUAGUUUUUGGACUAUUACCCAAUUCUUUGCAAGAGAAACCAAAUGCGUGCUUGACCAGGAUCAUUACUGGAACACCUAUCAAACUCCAGGCAAUUAUCUGUCGGAGCUUGCUGUGCCCAAUGAGAUGGUGUUUCUCUCUGUAUGAGCAACUUCAGAGAGCUUCAAUGACUGCAACACUCUUUGGAAAUUCUAACAAGGCUGUGAAGGGUGCAACAAAAAAUGCAACUCUAUUUCAUUUAAAAAAAUGUAGAUUAGAUGUCUCUAUAUACAGAAAGAAAGGAGAUGAGCCCAGAUUUACCCCUGGUCUGUGACAGCACGGAGAAUGAGAACUUAACUGGUGUUUCAGGCACUUCUGUCUUCUUCCAAAAGAAUUCCGAGGAAAUGAAUCGGGGCUUCUCCGAGCUUCUACCUGUCCACUGCUUUGCUUUGAGCUUCCAGCUGGUGGUUCUCCAGGAAAAACAGCAGAUCCUACCACGUCAGGUUUACGUCACUGAGCUGUACUGUGAAAAAAAUACUGCCCAUUACCACAGUGGAUGGAGACCGUCUCGGCAACUCUGAUCCAAUCUGAGGACCCAACACACCCUAAGAAGAUGCAGCAUUAAGGCAGUUGUUGUUUCAGCCAGUCCCCAUCAACUGGUCAAUAUAUGAGUUUGUCAGACUGGCUUUGUCACUGGCAUCAGUGUUUCAAUCUCUACAUUGGGUGUGGCCAAUAUCCGCAUAGUACAAUUACAUCAGCUUAUUCAUUCCUGCCCACUUGUCUCAGGAGCAGUCUCCAUUCAUAGUGUGUCAGUAACAUUGCAGAUACGAGUCAGGACACUUCACGGGAAGAUUAUCAGAGCAAAAUAGCACUGAGUCACGUGCAGAGCUUAGUCAAAGAGGUAAGUUUGAAACGGCAUCUGAAAAGUGGAAAGUUGAGAGAGAAAAUUCUGGAGCCUGGGAAGUUGUAAGCUGCGGGACAAUGUUCCCUCAAAGGACUGUAGAGGACUCAGAGGACUGUGGAACUUUAGGUGGCAAAGGAUGGCUUGAUGAGAUGAAGAUCAGAUGGGUGUAACUUUGCAAAAGCACAUAUACUGCCUGAAAGCCAGACAGUGGUGGUUUUCAGGCUCUCCACAGGAUCUAUCCCACCAGCUCCCUCUCAACAGUUCCUUCGAUCCUUUCUCCAUCACCCAGCCAUGAACGUUCCAGUGCAAUCUCCCUCAGUUCAGUUCAGCUGGAUUUCAUGAAUUAAUCAUUUGCUUUUACAAGCUAUAUUCUAUAAAUCUCCUUUUGGAUUUUCUGCAAACCUUAUUUUCAAGUUCCAUGACUUUGCAACCUGCUGGAAACAAGCUCCUUUUAAAAAGUUCAAAGUAAAUUUAUUAUCAAAGUAGUAUAUGUCACCAUAUACCACCCCGAGAUUCAUUUUCUUGCAGGCAUUCACAGUAGAAGAACUAUAAUAGAAUCACUGUUUUAAAAAAUCUACACACAAGCAGACUGACAAAUAACCAGUGUGCAAAAGACAUACUGUGCAAAUACAAAAUAAAACAACUAAUAAUAAGUAAAUAAAUAAUACUGGGAACAUGAUUUAUGGAGCCCUUGAAAGUGGGUCCAUAGGUUGCAUUCAGUGAUCACUUCAAACCUGUGGUGAGUUAAGUUAUCUAUCCUGGUUCAGGAAACUGAUGAUUAAAGUGUAAUAGCUGUUCCUGAACCUGGCAGUUAUGGGACCUAAUCUCCUGUAUCUGGUUUCUUGUGCAGCGCUCCUUGUAAAUAAGCUCAGUGAUGGUGAGGGCUUUUCCUGUGAUGGAUGGGUUGAAUCCACCACUCCUGGUAGGUCUUUCCAUUCUUGGACUUCGGUGUUUCCAUACAAAGACGCGAUGCAACCAGUCAGGAUACUCUCCACUGUGCAUCUACAGAAGGUCAAUGGUUUCUUCACCUUAUUAAACUGUUUCAUAAACUUAAAAAUCCUUUUUUUCUCCUUGGGUCAUUCCCUUUUACAGUGGAAAGAGCUGUAGGCUUUCCUAUACCUUCUGGUUUCAUUGUUGCUGAUUGGGUCGCUGUCCAUCAGGAAGAGGCCUGUUCAGCAGCAAAUAUUUACACCAUCUCCACAUCUGGACAUCUCACAGAUACCCAAAGUAACUGGAAGGAAACUAUCAUUGUACCUACCACAUUCCCCCCUACCCCAGCUGAUAUGAAAGAUUCCAAAAUUAUGGAUUCAAUGAUGGUUGACACACAAAUUGUAGACCCCACAAAUUGAUUAACACUUUAACUCAUUAACCAUUUCCAGAAAUGUCUGCCUCUUCAAUUGUUAGUGUUUUAGUUUGCUGCUAUAACUUGCAGUAACACAACAGGUGCACUGGCCAUUUGCAUGAGAAAUCAUUUCAAUCACAUGUUGUUAAAUAUUGUUAAUAUGUAAGCUUUUCACAAAAAAUGGCAAAAGGAACCAUUUUACAGCUGAAAUGUACACUGGAAAUAUUUUUAAUUUUACUUGUUUAUUUUUAAUGUCUAUUCAAGAGUAAUAAUUGAAUGUUUCAGCACAUAAAAUGUUUUGUUUGCUGAUAUCUUGGAUGUAAUAUUUCAAAUGAAACAGUUUCUUCCAUGUACAUUAAUGAGGGUUGUGAAUGUCAUAUGUCCAUAUUGCAAAAAAAACUACAGAAAAGAAAUAUGUAACUUACUACUACUUUGAUAAUUCUGCAACAGCUAAGAUUUUGAACAUAAUUUGUAACUGAAAUAUUAUAUCAAUCAAAUAAAAUGCAAUGGAG